AUAUUAUAUCAAAUUGUUUUUCAUUUAUUUAAAAUUACAUUAUCAAAUAGAACCUUUAUCAUUUGUAUUGCAAUAUGUAUAUUAGGAAAUAAUCAAUCAUAAUUAACAUGUAUUUCAUUUAACAUAAAAGUGUUCGUAAUGGUUAUGCAAUUUAUAGUCAAUAGUUUAAAUGGUGUAAAUUUAAAUACAUAACAACAUUUCAUAACAGUUAAUACAUUAGAAGGUUCAGAAUCAUUGACAACAUACUGUCCUUAGUAAAAUAUUUACAAAGUCUUCAUGAUGAAAUAAGAGCGGCAAUCAAUUUUUAUUCAUCGUCAUUUAUAUACGGGUAUCACGUGUCAUUAACCUGGCAACUGCCAUGGUAACUACAACACACCUCUAUCAAUCAAUAUGUACCUUUUAAAGUAUGUUAGAACAGUAACAAUGAUACUGUUGGUUAAUCAAUAACAAAACUGGAAAUGUUUAUUUAAUAUAGAACAGCCUUUUAUGAAAUAAAUACAUGUAUAUAGUAUAUACCCUUAUUUCGAAAUACUGAUUGUCGCAUCGAUUGGUUUAUAUAAGUUAUAUUUUGAUCGGUGUUUCUGUCCACCUAUUGUAGUUUGUAUAUACUAAAAAAAAACUAAACUGCGGAUAGUGUUUAUAUUGUGAUUGGACUACAUAUUUGACCUAGUUUUGACAGUAUUUUUUUCUCUUUUUUUGCAGUUUUAUAAAUCCGCCGAUCGUCGCUAAAAAGUGUGUAAGAUUGUAAAAAAUAUUGGAUUAAACUUAGUAGACAGUUCAGCAUACCAAUAUGGGAAAAGGAACAGGAAAUAAUAACCCAAGAAAGUUUAUUGGUGACCAAUAUUUCUGUGAGGUGUUUAUAUUUGCGUUCUUGGCAGCAAGUAUAACACUUUCAAGCAUGAGCAUAGGGAUGGAUGAUGGAGGAACAUUUCCGUAUCAAUAUGCAUAUUCUGGAUUUGUUUUAGCACCUAUCCUCCUUGUGAACCUGAUUUCUAGAAUAUAUGUUGUCCAUGCUGUUGAGAAAAAGGGUUUGACAAGAAAGAACAUUAUAGAAAUACUAUCUAAAACAACUAUAGGCAGUAUCAUUUGGCCAUGGUCCUGCCGAGUUGGGAUGAUGUGGUGUAUUCCUGGUACAAUACUAUCAGGUAUAGGUGGCGUCAAUUGUGGCAUAGAUAAGGACAAUAACACUGUUAAAGUGAGAAAUAAUUGUUAUUAUGAUAUCAAUGGUGAACACGCGGACAUGUACAAAGGUCUUGCUGUUGGAUUGGUCAUUUUGCACAUAUUUUCAUUUGUCUACUUGUUGCUUAGUAACUGCCCUGUUCAUACAGUUCUCGAACAGAUAAAAGAAGAUCCUAAACCGGCAAGAAAUGCAAGAAGGCAGCAAAAUACUACGAGUCCCACAACUCCUUCAGCGAGUGGUACACCUCUUGCUGCAAGUGGUACAACUGUUGCAUCUUCUAAUGGGAGGAGAAAUGAAAGCGAUUUGACAACUACGAUGCAACGACUUGAAGCCAGGAUACAAGAGAUUGAAAAUAGAGAAAGAACUGCUCAAGCGUCUGGAUUCAGUGGAAUAGUCGCACCACCAUCUUACAGUCAGUUAAUGGCAGAAUCUAUUGAAAAGAACUCUGGGGCCCAUCCUGUAUAAGCCAUUUUUGUUUUUGUUUAAAGUAAAUUUUGUACUGUUGUAUUUGUUCAAAACUCAUAGUGUCGACACAUCUAUGGAUGUAACAAGAUUUCAAGUUAUAACAUAUGUGAAAAUUAAAUGGUUAUAUUAUUUGUAGGAACAUAUUGGAGUUUUACCACGUCUGUGACACAGUCAAUAAUGCUGAGCCUUGAACAUUUUCAAAAAUUGAUUGUUUUGUGAUUUUGUAUUUUUAUUUAGUUUGUUAUUGUUUUCUUUCAAAGAAACUUUUGUGUUUUAUUUGUUAUUGGUAAAUUGUGUAUGUCGGUAUUGAUUAGGUAAAAUUAACCCAUGAUUUUUUUUUUAAAUUGAGAUAUAGGAAGAAUAUAAGAGAGAUUGAAUAUGAAUUGAAAUUUAUCAAAACAAAACAGUGCUUUACGACAACAUUAUAAUUCGCAUAGUUUAUAGUAUCCUAUUGAGAUAUAAUGAUUUAUUGUCAUUAAAAUAUCAUAAUGAAACUCUGCAAUGUUACUUGGUCAUUACUUUAAUGUGUGAACAAAGAUCUACAGUUAUACAUACAUUUUGAAAAAUAAAUUGCGGAGACAGAUAUUAAGGAAAGGUAACUUUACUGCAUUUCACAAAACAAGUUAAUGACAGGUCACACAGUUUUUUAUACUAACAACAGGACAUAACUAAAUAACAUACCUGUUCAUUUAUACUUCGCUCAUCAAUAUACAUUGAUAUUAAUUUUGUUUUAAUACUUACAAAGCUGUUCAAUAUCUAGCUACGUGAUUUUCUUAAAUAUCAUUUAAUAUUUUACUAUUUCUUAAUCAUAAUUGCCCGUAAUUCAUUGAGAAAAAAUCACUUUGAUGAAAUAUGAUUUUUCUAAUGAUUUCCUUACUGAAAAUGCACAUUCACGACAAAAACAUGAUUAAAUCUAUCACAUUGAGAUAGACAAUUCCUUAAAAUAUACCAUUUUUAUUGUCAGAUGACCAAAACUCAAUAUUUCAAAAACUAAUUUAGGUACAGUAUUUACUAAAAAUCAUUUCUUUACUAUAAGAUUCAAUCAAGUUGAGUUAAACAACAUCUAAAUUGAGCACCUACAUAUACAUGCGCGUAAAUCAUCCAAGAUUGCAUAUUUCAAUCAUUUUUAUUUA